GAGCGAGCUUUCGUAUGGGAUGGAUCGCGCGCCUUAGUCGCUGCUCUGCUAUCGUGAAGUAUACGUCAGUGCUACGCGUAUGCUGAAUUUCGCUCGCGCGCCAAUACGAUUUUCGGAAAAAUUUUCGUCAAGUGUACUCUCUUUGGAUUAUGUUAAUGUGGUUUUUGUGCAAGUGAGGAUUUAAGCUGGAUUUCGAUAUUGUGGUGGUUGGUUUAGUUGCUGUUUUGGUGAAAAAUUAACCGUGGCCAAUUUUUUGAAGGAUUAACUGUGCUGUGGAUUUUUUGUGCUUUUUGUUAAGGAUAAUUAUUCCUAAAAACCGUCGACGUUUCGCUAUAAAAUUGAUUUAAGAUACAUACCAUAGAAGGUUUCUGGACAUCUCUAAUGCUAAAGAUUAUGGAACUAUUCUGCAGUAAACCAACUCUUAAGAUGCACUAAGAUUAUAUAGUUUUAUAAGAUAUACUCCAAGACAAUCAAAUAUGACAUCCUCGCACAAAUUCUUGCUUCUUUUGCUUCGGAUAUUAAGCUGCUGCCUGCUGUGCUUAGCUGAUCAAAUGCGCGAACAGAAAUUUGCCAUGGAACCCCAAGACCAGACGGCGGUUGUGGGAUCCAAGGUGACACUGCCAUGCAGAGUGAUAGACAAAAGUGGGAUACUGCAAUGGACGAAAGACGACUUCGGCCUAGGAACGCAUCGGAAUCUCAGUGGAUUCGAGAGGUACUCCAUGGUGGGGAGUGAUGAAGAAGGUGACUAUUCUUUGGAAAUAUCCCCAGUGAUGCUGGACGACGACGCUAAAUAUGAAUGUCAAGUCUCGACUGGAGCGCAAGGACAGACAGGCAUCAGGUCUCACUUUGCCAAAUUGACAGUAUUAGUACCUCCUGAUCCUCCGAAGAUUGUUCAAGGUGACUAUUUGGUUACCACCGAAGAUAGAGAAAUCGAGUUGGAAUGCAUCAGUUAUGGUGGGAAGCCUGCUGCAGAGAUCACGUGGAUAGAUGGACUAGGAAAUGUCCUUUCCGACGGUAUAGAGAAUAUCGUGGAGAAGUUGUCCGACGGGAGACGAUUUACUGCCAAGUCAAUAUUAAAAUUGACGCCGAGAAAAGUUCACCACAACACGACGUUUACGUGUCAGGCACAGAAUACGGCGGAGCGAACACACAGGUCGGCGAAACUUAAACUUGAGGUCAAAUACGCUCCCAAAGUCUCCGUCACCAUUCUCUCCGGUUUGGGAUCUGCAGGUCGCAUUCCAGAGGGAACUGAAGUGAGGUUAGGUUGCAAAGCAGACGCCAACCCAUCGGAUGUGAACUACCGAUGGUUUUUGAACGACGAGCCCGUUAUGGGAGAUUUUACGACCGAAUUGGCUCUACACAACGUUACCAGGAAACAACACGAUGCUAUCGUCAAGUGUGAAGUACACAAUGCAGUAGGAAAAAGCGAAGAAAGUCAGACGUUGGAUAUUAGCUAUGGUCCUCAAUUCCGUACGAAGCCAAAAUCCGUUCAAGCUGAUCUAGGAGCUAGCGUAACGCUCUCUUGUGAUGUGGACGGCAAUCCAAUCCCAGAUAUUUCUUGGUUUCAUGAAGAUCAGAAGAAAAUUGUUAGUACCAGUGCCAAUUUAACAAUAAGGAUAGACCAUACGACAGCUGGACGGUACUACUGCAAAGCUAGGGUCGCGGGAUUCCCCGAAAUUGGCGCAGAAGCAGCUGUAUAUCUUAAAGGUCCUCCAUCGAUUGUAAGUCAUAGGACCCAAUUUGGCAUAGAAGGUGACAACGUUCGUGUCGAGUGUACAGCUUUCUCCAUUCCUGCUCCAGAACGCGUUGUUUGGACUUUUAAUGGACGAGAGGUAGAUCUGCACGAUCAAGAUUAUUCGAUACUAGAGGAUCCUCUCCCAGAGGGUAUCAAAUCUACGCUAAUUAUCAGAGAAUCCCAAGAAAAACACUUCGGAAUGUACAAUUGUAGCGUAUCUAAUCCAUAUGGUAGCGAUGUUGUCGAGAUCAGCCUGAUGCCACAAAAAAGUUUUCCAAUGCUGAUCAUCAUUGUUGGUGUUGUAGGAGCUAUAAUUAUUUUGAUAAUUAUAAUAAUGAUUGUGUUUCUUUGCCAAAGGCAAAGUAAUAAGAAACCACCUCCAGAGAACGUCAACACAAUGGAGAAGCAGUGCAAGGAAUCAGACCGAAGUUCCAACAUCUCUGACCUCAAGCUGGAUCUGAGGACAGGAUCUUCAAAUAGUAACGUUCACUGUGAUAUGGAUUACAUUCCAGGAGCUGAAUCAGAAACCGGCAGCGAGUCUGUCAUUACCAGAAUCGGUGUUCCUUUAGCCGGGCCAGUUAAUGUUCCUGGGCAGGAUAUCUACAGGUAUUCUGCAGACUACACGGAGCCUCACUUCCCACCAAAGGAUGGUCAAAAUAACAACGGCUAUGUACCUUACGUGGAUUACGCGCGGGACUAUAACCCGCCGAUGAUGCAGCCUCCAAUAUCUUCCUCAUUGGAUCCUACAAGGGAAAGCCUUCAGUCUACUCGUCUCCAACUAAACUCCCUCCAAAAUCAUCAACUUCCGGUCUCGGGGUCCAGUUUGCCGUUGAACGACCUCUCAGACUUGCACUUAUCCCAUCAGUCCAUUCCCAACGGGGGUUUGCCUUCUAUAGAUCCGCGGUUUAGCGCAACUUACGGUAACCCCUACCUCAGGAACCCGAGCGUGGGUCUGCCAACGCCCAACACGGCGAACCCCUCAGCCACGCCGGCCCCUCCGCCCUACUCCAGGGAGAAUUCCAGACUAAUCAGUUCUAGUGCCAUGAUAACCGCCAGUGCCAACGUGGUGAACACAGUGGUGGCGAACGGUUCCAACGGGUCCGUGCCACAAGUUACUCGAUUGCCGAACUCUCCCACGAGUCAGUACAUAGUGCCCAAUUCUAAUAUGGCGACGCUAAAACGAGGGACGAUGGCGACUCAUGUGUAGUGUUUUUUGACUGAAAGUGUGAUUUAGGUGAAAAUGUUAAUAAUCAAAAGAUUUGAAUUGGUAAAAAGGCCUGAAUGUUGAGGUUUUAGUACACAAAAGUCGCUGAUUUAAUUUGCUGGCUGUGCUUUCUUGUAGACUAUACAAAACUAUCACCAGCUAUCCAAUCGUCAUGUACAUUUUUUUAUUAGUUGCAACAUAUUCAUUUUUUAUCGAUUUAUUACUUUAUUAAAUCAACAGUUGCUUCGCCAGUUAUUAUAUAACUAUCGAAGAGUUUUUGUAAGCACAGUGUCCUUGAUUGAGUUACUUAAGUUGGGUGCCGAUCACGCUGUAGCACAUGGGUCCUUUCUUUAAACUGUCUCCAUCAGUUUCUACUCUCUGCAACUCUUAAGCAAAGGUUUAGUGGAGAUCCGACCUCUUUUGAAAGGUGGUCCACAUAUCUUGUUGGUGAUCUUUCUCGGGCUUUCGCUCCCUGCGCCUUCCCCUGCAAUAUAUGCUUCUCCGUAUAUGUUAAACAAAAUGGGACUUAUUACGCAGCUCUGCCUUAUACCUUUAUCAACCCUGAACGUCAACCCGACAGUUCUUCACGUGCCUCACUUUUGCUGAGUUUUUUACAUACUUAGAGGUUUAUUAGAAAUGUCACUGGGUGUUUUAGAGCGCCCAUUUCCUAGGUAUGUCCACAUUUUGUCCCAUCUGACAUCGUCGAAUGCUUUACAGUAAUCAAUAAAACACACAUUUGCUUACAUUGAAUUCCCUUGACUUUUCGAUGAUCUGUCUUAGGUUCAGAAUAUGCUCUCUGGUUACUCUGGUACCCCUUCCUGACAUUAAUCUCAGGGAGCAGGUACGGCUUGAGUCCUUUUAGCUGCAGUAAAGUUGUGACUUGGAUAGUAGAUUUUACAAACAAGCAGUAUGAUUCUAGUAAAAAGCUCAACAUUCAGUGUCUCUUUUACCAUCCACGCUCUGUUGAACGUAUUAAAAUUUGCAGUUUUCGAGGUGAUGUUAAAAUAAGUGAAUUUAUGACGAGAAGACUGAAUAAUAAUAAAUUGAUUUUUUUCUUUAGGAAUAUUAAAUGAAAUGAGGAAAUUGUUCAUAUUUGGAUUAGUACCCAAGCCGAACGCUACUACUGUACAUUUUUACUAGACAAUUAAAUUAAUUGAGAACAAUCGUUGAUUAAAACUUAAUCAGAAAAGUAAAAUGGAGUUGUUUUGUGCUGAUUUGAUGAGGUCGGUUUCAUAGUUUUUUUUUUGUUUUUCUUUAAUGUAAAACGAACUUGUUCGAAAAAUAAAUCGUACUAAUUAUUGAAAUGGCUCGGGCCACGUUGGAGUUUAAGAAUUGUUUCUGUUCUUCUUCUAGUUCCAUGACCGUUAUCGAUCGUUGAAUUUCAUAUUGGCUACCAUAUUCGCUAUCGUGACUUUAUUGACAAUUUCUUCUAAAGGUGCAUAUCUUCUAGUGAUGUUGGCGACCGCAUUGACCCAUCUUAUUCUAUUCACAGCAGCUCGAAAUAGAUCAGUUCACGUCAGACCAGUCCAGUUCCUAAGAUUGACCAGCCAGGAUAUACGUCCUUAGGCGUAACCAGGGGGUUAUAACCCCCCCCCAUUUGGAUGUACUUUGAGCUCUAUACGCUUAACACCAUUACUAUUCCAUACCCCCAGAGACCAUCAACUAGUUGUAACCCCCCCUUAGGAUCAUCCUGGUUACACCUCUGUAUACGUCUAGGUCCAGGGCCUCUCUUACCCUCAAUCUUGCUUUGUAAAAACAACUGUAGAAGUCGGUAUUUAUUAUUACGCUUACUGUGGUCGAAGUAAGCCAAUUUUCUGUUCUUUAUGGUGUUUAAUCUCAAAUAUUCAAUUUUCAUAUCCGAUAUUAAACAAUAUUUUUAUCACUCCGUAUAUCACAUUAACGCAAUUUGUUAUUAUAUUUAAACAUGUGCGGGCUCUGCUAAUUUAGUUAACUAUUACAAAUCAUAAACAAUAAGUUUGGAUAAUUGCACAUUAAUUUUGAUGACAAUAUAAUUUCUUUGUUAUCUUAAUAUUUGGUAAUAAAUAAUACGCGUGGGUUCUGACCCAUAAAAUACAUAUUGCCGCUAAGAAAGAACAUUCAUUCAGAUCAUUACAUCGAUUCACAUCAAACAGUCAGGAUGUGACUUCAAACGAGUAUCAGUUUAUCUUUCAUACAUGUAAGACAGUAAGAAUACGUAGAUUAGUAAAUUUGUAAUAGUUAACUAAAUUAGCAGCCCGGGCAUGUUUAAAUUUAGGUUACAGACCUAUAAGUUUGUUGUCACACUUAUACAAAUUGCUAACAAGAAUAAUAACCAACCGCAUAAUACAAAAACUUGAUUUAUAUCAACCGGUUGAACCGGCGGGAUUUCGAAAAGGGUUUGGUACUAAUGAUCACUUACAAACCAUCAGAACACUGGUAGAAAACACCACAGAAUAUAGUGUACCUUUAUAUAUGGCAUUUAUUGACUUUCACAAGGCUUUCUAUAGUAUUGAAACCUGGUCCUUUUUGUCAGCCCUAAGGGAUGCUCGAAUAGACUCACGGUACACUACACUCAUGAACAGGCCACUCACUUAUGAACAGGCCACAUUCCACAUCAAAAUCAAUGAAGACUAAAAAACCAAAAAAAUACGCCUUGGUAAAGGUAUUAGACAAGGUAUUAUACUAUUUUACCAUAAUCUUUUACCUUAGCAUUGGAAAAUGUAUUCAAACAGCUAGACUUGGACGAAAACGGUCUAAACAUUGAUGGUGUACGUUUGAGUCAUUUGAGGUUUGCGGACUACAUAGUAUUAUUCAGUACAGAUAUCAAGGAACUGGAGCAAAUGAUGAAGGAAUUAAAUCAGCAGUCAAAUAAAAUAGGUCUCAAAAUUAAUCUUCAGAAAACAAAAAUAUGAGUAAUGUACACACUAAUCUUGUUAUUGACAACGUCAGUCUUGAAAAUGUAGACCACUGUAUAUCUGGGACAUACCAUUAAAAUCGGCGAAGAAAACCAAAUAGCCGAAAUAAAAAGACGCAUACAAUUGUCUUGGGUAGCUUUCGGCAAGUUAAGCUUUAUCUUGAAGAAUAAAGAUAUACCAAUGUGUCUAAAACGUAGAGUUUAUGACAAAAAUGUGUCUUGCCCGUAACCACAUAUGGACUGGAGACCAUGGCCUUUACAAAGAAAACCUUAGAGCAGCUCAGUACAACCCAAAGAGCGAUGGAGAGGGCCAUGCUAGGGAUUAGUUUGAGAGACAGAAUUCGAAAUAUCGACAUUCGUGAAAGAACAAAGAUUACUGAUGUCGCAGAACGUAUAGCAAGGCUCAAGUGGCAAUGGGUCGGACAUGUUGCUCGGGAUAAUCCCGAAAGUGGACACAGAGACUAACAAACUGGAGGCCAAGAGAGAACAGGCGAGGAGUAGGUAGACCGCAGAAGAGGUGGGCAGAUGAUAUCAAACAAGUCGCGGGCAAGCAGUGGAUGAGAAUGGCCAAGAGUAGAAAUCGAUGGAAGCAAAUGGAAGAGGCCUAUGUCCAGCAGUGGACGAACACAGGCUGAAGAAGA